AUGGAUCGCCACCCAUUCGACCGUGUCCCGGAUCGUCAGUCUGCUCACAACCAGACCGCGCCGCCGCCUUCCAGUCAUGCAUCGCCCUUCCUACYGCCCGCCGCUCAGCCGCCGGCCAUAACACCAUUCGCCGACCCCUUCCAAACCAACAGAGAUCCAUUCUACCCCGGUGGCAGUCGACGCGGCAGCCUGGGGCUGGCGUCAAGAGCAUGGCAGCCGACACAAGGUAACCUUUCUCAGCAGCCACCGCCUCCAACACAUCACCACCACCAACCCCCGCAACAGCAGCCUCCAUCGCACAGUCAAGGGCUCCCUCCACCGCCUUCGAGUGGCUUGGCCAUGUCUCACCCUUUUGACGAUCCGCGGCGACGCUCUCUCGGCACAGCAGGAAGCCCACCGCAGUACCCAGGAGGUCCUCCACCACAACCCUCCUUUCCCACGCGAAACAUGCCGCCUCCCUCGCCUACCAGCAGCACACCCUCGUCUGCGGGACAACAUGUUGGACCAGGUAUGCGUGGUCCACCUUCGUCUGCACCGUUUGGCGGGCCCCGCGAGUACACAAGCCAACGCCCUGGCAUGUCUAUUUCAGCGAUGCUAGGUGGCGACGAUCGUCGGCCGGUUGGGUCACCACACAGCUCUGCAGCUGCCCCAGCGCCAAUCACCAGAUCGAUGCAACCGCCAUCGCCUGGAAGAGCAAGGGCUUCGAGCAUGCGAGAAGGGAGCGACCGCGGUCAGAAAGGUUACAGUCCAUCCCAAGGUGGGCCAUUUCGAGAGUCGGGACGAAUGGCUUCCGAGCCACGCAAAGAUGGAAUACUUGGUUCGCCAACAUACCCUCGCGAGCCGCAACAUAAUUUUCGAGCCUUUCAAGCCCCAUCGCAGGAGCAUAUGCAUCACAUGAACGGACACGGUGCGCCUACGCGACCGAACAGCCAACCUGUGGAGCUUUCGGGGCCCCGGCGGCACAUGGAGGAGAUGAUGCGACCAGAUGACAAUCGCGCAAACAUGAUGAGGCACUACGGAGAAUCGCCAGCCCCGCCCCGAACCGAGAUGAUGCAAAUGCACGAACGGCCUCCGUUCCAAAACGGAAUCACCUCACACCCGCAUGAGCGGGCUGCGUAUAACAGUCCUCAAAUGGAGAAUCGCGUGCAGCAACCGCCUCCUCCACAACCGCAGCAAGGACCUCAUAUGCGAUAUCAGCCUGGGACAUUUGGCGCACCCAUGCGUGAAGAGCAGGCAUCGCUGUUCAGACCGGCCUUCCCCCCGACCUCGCAUCCGGCACCUGACCAGCCGAGAGAAUCCAUCGAAGGGCGAGCGCCGGACAUGCGCCGCCAAAUGUCUCGUCAAAGCCCACCACCACAUGCCGAGUACGCCGGGAUUGAGCGAGGUCGGCCCGGAAUUGAGCGACCAAUGACGCAGGAAGAGCAUCAGCGUAUGGAAAUGAUGCCGCGAGAGCAGCAAUACCGAGAAGGAGAAGGCUCCGUUCACAGGGCUGUUCUCAACCUAAGCCCUGAGCUGAAUCGUCGUGGCCGCAAUUCACCACUACCGCAAGCGGUGCAGGGAGCUCAACCUAGACAUGUAGGUCCUGGUGGAGACAAUCCUGGAAUCAAGAUGGAAUUUGGCAGGAUGUUCUCUGGUCUUGGAUCUGGUGCUGGAAGUGCUACACCUCAUGCAAGCCAUCCGAUCAAUGGGACACACACGCCGUCUCGUAAUAGCCCUGCACGACAGGCAGGUGAACCAGUCGAGGGCAUGCGAGGAGUUAUGAUGGAGAUGGAGGAUACCAGAAGCAGCUCAAAAGCAGGGUCGAGGGGUGGCAAGAAAAAUGGGCGAAGGUCAAGAGAAGAGAUGGACGCCGAUGGGAGGAACACUCCCGACAUUCGUGGAGUAAAACGUGCAAAGGCUGCGCAUCAGCACCACCACCAUCAUCACCACCAUACAGCUCAUCCGAUUCAUCACCACCAUCACCGUCACGAACCUGAAGUCGUGACGCGAGCGCCUUCGAAUCCUCUCUCACAGGCAAAUCUUGCGGCCAGCCAGGCGCAGCACCACCAUCACCACCAUCAUGCGCACCCGGUCGGACAUCAUCACCAUCAUACCCCACGAGCAAUACCGCCUCCUCGCAAGCCAUCGGUCACGGUAUUGAGCAAGCGAGUUCUAGACGAGAGCGCGACGAAACCGCGAAAGCAUCUCGGCUCACAACUUUACACGGCCGAAGUCUCCAUGGCUCCCGCAGCGGAGACCAACAUUGAUGCUAAAAUCAAGUUCAGCAGUAGAAUGAAGCCCAUCCCAGUCUUUGAAGGCAGAGAGAAUUCGACUUUUACCAUUCGCGUACCACGGUACUACCUCGCCUCGAGCGAGUCCGGCGAGGAGGAGAAUUACAGUCUCGAGGAGAUAUGUAAACGCCGGCAGCUGUGGGGAACAGACAUCUACACGGACGACUCUGAUGUUGUCRCUGCUGCUGUGCACUCUGGCUGGAUCAAGGGCGACUUUGGAGAACUGAACCAAGAUCUGCAUGACUAUUGCGACAACACCUCCGAGCAUGGUGGUGAAGAGGAGGUUGUGAUGUCGCUGAGCGCUCGGCCCAAGAAGCCUGUUAGGGUCCCCGAAGGGUAUGACGCCCACAUCACCAUUCUCAUCCUGCCACCUCUGGAAAAGUACACAUCCACUCAUCAGCACCACAUCUGGUCACGAGAUUGGGAGAAGACGCAUGAUGGCAUGUCGUACAUGAUACACGGUAUUGAGUUUGUAGAUGRGGGACCCGCGAGUCGCUUUGCGGAGCGAGGGGCGGCCGCGAGGAAGAGUCGGAUGGCUUUGGAGGAGGCGAAUCGGAGGGAGGYCGCUGCUGGCUUACUGAUGUUCGCUACUGGCGCUGGAAGCGUCAAAGUAGGUGCCUAG